AACAGCCCAGGCUGGGACAAGGACAUUUCCGCUUGUACAGACUAUAGAGACUUCUGGAGGUAAAAUUCUGAAAAGGGCGCUAUGGUGGGGGUGGUGUCGCUUGUGGUUCUCCAGUUCACGCCUAUGGCCACUGCAAAGGAGGAGCUUCCAGACUGUUUGAGGGACAAAGACUACGAUGUGCUUCGGCAGACGGAACUGAGCGGCCUGCCGCCCAUAAAGACGCCACAUCAUGUGGUCAUUGUUGGAGCUGGCAUGGCUGGGCUGACCGCCGCCAAGCUACUGCAGGACGCAGGACACCAGGUGACUAUGAUGGAGGCCAGUGGUCGUGUAGGAGGGCGUGUGGAGACCCACAGGAACCAGGAAGAGGGCUGGUAUGCAGACCUGGGAGCCAUGAGGAUACCCAGUUAUCACAGCAUUGUCCACUUUUACGCUAAGCUGCUGGGGGUUGAGCUGAAGGAGUUCAUCAUGGAGGACCUCAAUACCUUCUAUCUGGUAAAUGGGGUGCUUAAGAGGACAGAAACCGUCAAGGCCAACCCUGACGUCCUCGGCUAUGGUGUACACCAGAGUGAGAAGAUGAAGUCAGCUGAUGACCUGCUGGACCUUGCUUUGAAGAAGGUGCGAGAUGAGGUUGAGGCCCAUGGAUGUAAGGCAGCACUGCAGAAGUAUGACCGCCAUUCCGUGGAAUCAUACUUGAGACAGCAUGGAGGGCUGAGUUUGGAGGCCAUCCGUAUGAUCGGCGAUCUGCUGAACGAGCAGAGUAUGAUGUACACAGCACUCUCCGAGAUGAUCUAUGACCAGAAUGACGUCAACAACAGUGUCACGUACCACGAGGUGGAGGGAGGAUCUGACCGUCUUCCUCACGCCUUCCUCUCAGUCCUUAAUGGCCCCAUCCACCUGAACUCCCCGGUCACCUCCAUCCACCAUUCUGCUGACGGCGUCACCGUGUCAUAUGGUCACGGCCCGCAGUGCUCCCUGACAGAUGUGGCUGCGGAUGCCGUGCUGGUCACAACCACGGCCAAAGCUGCUCUCUACAUGGACUUCCAGCCGCCCCUCUCCACUGCCAAGAUGGCCGCCAUGCGCUCGGUCCACUACGACAGCUCGACCAAGAUCCUGCUCACGUUCCAUCGGCGCUUCUGGGAGGACGAUGGCAUCCGUGGUGGCAAGAGUGUCACUGACCGGCCGUGUCGCUUCAUCUACUACCCCAGUCAUGGUUUCCCAGGUAACGACAGCGUGGGUGUGCUCCUGGCGUCCUACACGUGGUCGGACGACUCGCUGCUGUUCCUGGGUGUGAGGGACGAGGAGCUGCAGGAGCUGGCACUGCGAGACCUGGCGCUCAUCCACCCGCGUCACGACGUACGGGCGCUCUGCACGGGCGUGUUGGUCAAGCGCUGGAGCGCCGACCCUUACAGUCGUGGAGCCUUCGCUCUCUUCACACCCUACCAGCACCUCCAUUAUGCCAACGACCUCUUCAGGCCUGAGGGGAAGGUGCACUUCGCCGGGGAGCACACUGCCCUGCCGCACGCCUGGAUAGAGACGGCCAUGAAGUCAGCCAUUAGAGCGGCCAUCAACAUCAACAACGCUGCACUGGAGUCCAGCACCCCUGCCACUAAUCGCAACACGCCCAGGCUGGACUUAGACUCAGCUGAUAUAGCCAGACAGGAGCUGUAAGAGUGCAUUGCACAGUGGCUAUUGGAUUACGUAACACCUGUGUGUGUUACAGUGUGGUAACAAAUUAUUAAUCCAUUUAUUGUUGUGAAAUGUAUUUUUGACAUUGAGUAAAGUUAUUGCUCUGAAUAACAAAAACAACACAUUUUGUAAUAUUACGUCAUUUUAUUUUAUUGUCACCUGUGUGUUACAACGUGAUAACAAAGAAAUGAAAAUCACAUUGAUUUUUACAACAUUUUGAUACUCAAUAAAAUCAACUACAAAAUGA